AAAGUUUGAAUUAUUCCUGGUCUUGGUCCUUCAUCACAAGCUUGUUGGUGUUCAUGUCUGUCAUCUAGGUCUACUGGGUUGGAUCCAUUCUUUUGUUUUGCUCGCGACGUCGUGUCUCGUGCGCACAGUAAAUGUUUGGCAUCAAGUUUUGUUGAAUAAAAGUCAUCAGUUAUCAGUAAAAAUGUCUAGCGAGGACACGAUUUCUGGAAUUGAGCAGUUGAAUAUCACUGACAAUGAACGUAUGGUUGCCAAUGGUGACAAUGUUGGAGAAACGACUUACAGUGCGACUUGGAUAUUGAGGAUACUGAUGAAGUUGUCAAAGAUUAAUGAAGAACAAUGGACUGCUGACUUGGAAACCCAACUCAGUUAUCUCUGGGAUAUGACAACUGAAAAGGAUGUUGUUGAUUUUUUGUGUGAAAAUAAUUUUUUAUCUGUCAGUGAAUUUGUUAUUGACAACUCACCAGAGCCAAGAUGCACGGAAAUUAUCGUCGGCAUAAUUGGAAAUUUGUGUUCACAACCAGCAGCAUUUACGCGCAUUACCAAUACACCGACUCUGGUGACUAAAUUAAUAAGCAUGAUGUCCUCUGGUGAUACUGAGACAUUGAUCCAAGUGCUGAGAGUUCUUCAAGCUGGAGCACGUGACAUGCAGAUAAAUAUCACAUCCCCUUGGCGCGAGUAUUUGCUGUAUGGGAAACCUUUGGCAGAUUCGUUGACAUUUAUUUUCAGUAGUUCGACAAACAAUUCAUUGCUGACUGCGGCUUUGACUUUGAUGCAGUCGAUCACUGCUAACACAAUAUUCCUCAAUGAAACAUUUGAAAUACAUCCUUUGCUGAUGUCACUAGUGGAAACUUACAACCAGUUGAUGUCAUCAGAAGAACCCGUAGCUGAAGAAGAUGAGAAUCAGCAGCAGGACAAAGUUGUCAUAGAUCUUUGGAUAGAGAUCAUGUCUAAAAUUCUCCAACGUCAAACGGAAAAUCGUAUCGGUAACCACCAGAAAAUAAUUGAUGUGUUGACAAAGAUUCUGGAAAAAUUGGAAAAAAAUAUGAUUCCGAUGGAUGACGACAAGGCUUCUUCUAUUUAUGACUGUGUUGUUAUGGUCAAUUGGUUCAAAAAACGCCGCUAUCAAGUUGAUAUUAAUAUUUUGUGUCCACUUACUAAGAUUAUGAUUAAACUCGAUGCUGAAAUAAUAUCCCAUCCGGACAAUGAUAAUGAGACGAUGAUUGAUUUAUUAAAGUGUCUGCAUAAAUAUUGGCUGGAUAUUUAUGGCGAGAGUGAGGAAGAAGUUAUUGAAGACUAUUGUUGUACUUGUCCGCCAGAAGUAUCAAAAUAUUUAUUAAACUAUAUUUUCAAUGGGACGACUAUUUACCGUCAGUUCUAAAUAACUUUUAUCUUAAGCUGUUUUAAUAUUUAAUUAUUGUAAUACGUUAUGUAAACACUGUUAAUAAUAAAAAUUAACUCAUUAUUUUAUUAA